AAACAAAGAAGCUGAACUCCAUGUUCUCCAAGUUCAUACGCCAUUUAUGCUCCUUUUCAAGCUACAAACCAACAAGGCUAACCAAAAAGGAGUGCAUUUCCAUCCUCCAGAGAUGCAAAUCCAUGAGAGAACUCAAGCAAAUUCACUGCCAAAUUCUCAUGUCAAGCAUGCAACACAACAAAGACAUAAUGGACGGUAUCUUGGUCUUCUGUACAAGUCCUCAAACUGGAGACUUAUGCCACGCAGAGAGAGUGAUUGAAUCUCUCACUGAUCCUUCUCUUUUUGUCUACAAUCUCAUGAUCAAGUCUUUCACUAAAGAUAGACAACCAGAGAAGGCCAUACUACUCUUUCAAAAGAUGAGAAAAGCAUGCUUGUCACCAGAUAACUUCACUUUCCCUCUGGUUUUGAAAGCAUUGGGUGAGGUUAAGGCAAUGGUGGAAGGGAGGAAAGUCCAUGCUUUCAUUGUGAAAACUGGCUUAGAGUUUGAUUCUUAUGUGAGGAGCUCACUCAUUGAUAUGUAUGCAGAGAUGGGAGCCAUUGAAGCUUCACAGGAGUUGUUUGAUGAAAUGCCUGAGAGAAAUGUGAUUGCUUGGAACGUUCUCAUUGCUAGUUAUAUCAAGUGCUGCAGGUUUGAAGAUGCAAUCUCUACUUUCUUGAAGAUGGAGAAGAGUGGAGUGAAGCUGAAUGAAGCUACUCUUGUAACCAUACUUUCAGCUUGUGUUUCACUUGGAGAUUUGGAAAUGGGAAAGAAGGUUCAUGGUUAUAUUGAGAACAAGGAAUUCAAAGAUGGCAUUCCUGUUAACAAUGCAAUGUUAGACAUGUACAGCAAGUGUGGCUGUAUGAACAUGGCUCGGAGAGUUUUCGAUGAGAUGCCAUCGAAAGAUGUAAUUUCUUGGACUAGCAUUGUCUCCGGGUAUGCCAAUUCCGGUAUGUUGAAUGAAGCUAGGGAGCUAUUUGAUCGGAGUCCGGCUAGAGACUUGGUUCUCUGGACUGUGAUGAUCAAUGGGUAUAUUCAGUGUAAUAAGUUCAACAAAGCUCUGGUUUUGUUCAGAGAGAUGAAGAGUAGAAGAAUCAAACCUGAUAAGUUCACAGUUGUGGCACUUCUCUCAGCGUGCGCUAAUCUGGGUGCUCUUGAGCAAGGCAAGUGGAUACAUGGAUUCAUUAAGGAAAACAAGAUAAGAAUCGACGUCAUUGUUGGUACUGCUCUCAUCGAUAUGUACUCAAAAUGCGGUUGUGUGCAAGAGGCUCUGGAAAUCUUCAGAAGAGUAGAGGGGAAAGACACGGCGACAUGGACUUCAGUUAUCUUCGGCCUGGCGAUGAAUGGAGAAUCCAGUGAAGCUCUCAAAAUUUUCUCUGAGAUGCACAAAAAGGAAGCUAAACCUGAUGACAUUACUUUCGUUGGUGUACUAACUGCUUGCUGUCAUGGAGGAUUGGUGGAUGAAGGACUGCAGUGUUUGCAUUCCAUGAAAGAGGAGUAUCAUAUAGAACCAAAACCCAAACACUAUGGUUGUUUGGCUGAUCUCCUUGGACGUGCAGGUCUUUUAGAGCAGGCAGAGAAGCUGAUACAAGAGCUUCCAUAUAAGAAUGCUAAAGAUAUCUUGCCAUUCUGGAGCUCCCUUCUUGGAGCUUGUAGAAUCCAUGGGAAUGACCAAAUGGUGAAGAAACUGGAGAGGCGAAUCGCUAAACUAGAGUCUGUCUCAAAAGCAAACCAAUGGGAAGACAUGACCGAAAUGAGGAGGAAUAUCAAAGACAUCAGCUUCAAGACGACACAAAGGUGCAGCUCCAUCGAAGUGAAUGGGAUCAUCUGCGAGUUUCUGGCAGGAGAUGCUUUGCAUCCAGAAAAAACUAAUGUACUUUCGGUAUUGAGUAGUCUGCGCAAAGCUUGCGAUUUGGAUCAUACAAAUGCUCUAAUGUAAUAAUAAAUGUUAACAUUAUCUUUGUAAAA